UCAGUGGUAAAAAGUGCCGCUGAUUUCCAUAAAGUGUGAAAUUUCUCACUCACAAACCACUCGAAUAGCUCGACACACAACGACUGCAAGUAUUGGGGUCCUGAGAGCGAUGUUGAAAAGGUUGCUAAACGAACUGCCUUUGUAUUGGUAAUUUUAUUGGUAAUUUUUGGAAACGUUUUUGUCAUCCUACUCGCGACAAAAUACACAGUACGCAGGAGCCUGAACCAUUUGAUCACCAACAUGGCCGUGUCAGAUACACUAUUCCUUUUCUCUUCGCUACUAGAGAACAUUCCUUGGCUUUCUAACAAUAUUUGGAGAAUAUAUCAUAACGGUUUAUUGGGUAUUAUUGAAUGUAAAAUAGUGCGGUUCAUAUGGAAUACUUCAGUUAGAGUAACUCUCAUAACUUUAUUGAUUAUCAGCGUUGAGCGUUUUAGGGCGACAAGACAAACUCUACAGAAACAGCGGCCAUACACACGAAAACAACGAAUGAUUGUGCUCGGUUUAUGCUGGUUAGUUCCCAUGCCAUUUGCUGCCUUCUUCAUAUAUGCCGAAUUGCCUUGUAUCAACCAGCCGGCGAGAAAAUCUCUUGUACCAGGAAUUUGGAUUCACGAGCUUUUGGUUGUUAUGUGUUGUUGUGUUAUAUUCGCUCUUGGCAUUUUAACAACAAAACGACUGUCCAAAUUGCAACCAAUCGACGCCCAUCUCGCACAAGCACAGCGAAAAGCACGAGUUCGUCGAACACAAGCAGCCGUACGAAUGGUCAUUACGUCUGUUUCACUUCAUUCAUGCUGCACCCUUCCACUUUUAAUUUUCAACGUUUUCUAUUACGUUAAAUUUGUCUUUCCAUCUGUUGAAAUUAUAGAUUUCUCAACGUGCAAAGACUGGAAAUCUAUUAGUUUUAUAAUGUACACAUUUCUCCUGGUCGUCAACUCGUGCUUCAGUCCUCUUAUUUACAUAGUGUUUUUACCUGACUUUAAAGAAGCAGCAAAGAAAGUACUGUUCCGUGGAAGAGAAACGCAGAACCAAACAAACGAAACUCAAUUGAGCUGCAGCCAGCUCCAAACCGUUGGUAGAUCCGGACAAAAUCUAUCGCAAGUGGAAACAAAUCAGAACUGAUUUUUUCUACGGAAAAAAUACUUCGUAAAAAAAAUCAACAAACUGUGAAUAUAUAAGUAUUAAUUAUAAGCAUAAUGAAAUUGAACAAAACAC